UCUCAUGUCGCUCCCGGCCGGUGCCUCGCGCGCCCUGGACGAGGUCGAUGCGGCGCUUGCCCAGGUCGAAGCCACCAUGCAACCGCUGCUGGAGAAGCCGCUCGAGGAGGUGAUGGAGAACCUGGACAAUGCCGACAAGGCCAAGCUCAACGUCGCCCUCGCAUACUCGCUCAACUCGCUCUUCCACAUCUACCUCAAGACACAGGGCCAGGACCCGUCCGCACACCCGGUUGCGGACGAGCUUGCCCGGGUCAAGUCGUACGUGCACAAGCUGGAGGUCCAUGCCGCCGUUCGUGAGGGCCAGAAGGCCUCAAUGCGGGCCGCCGGCGACGUGGUGGCCGCAGGCGCAGGGGACGUGGCCCCCAUGGAGGUGGCGGCGGCCGCUGCGGCCGCGCCGGGCUCCAAGCGGAAGGGCCGUGACGCUGAUGAUGGUGACGCAGAGGCUGGCGACGCCCACGCCGCAAAGAAGGCCAAGGCCAAGAGCAAGGGCAAGUCGAAGAAGGACAAGUCCAAGAAGAAGUCCAAGAAGUCCAGGCACUGAUGGUCCUCGCCUGCCCACGCAAGUCUCUUCUCCGUUCUUGCUCCCUUUACUCGUUAAACACCACCCGGUGGAUG